CCGAGCUCCCCCGAGCCCCCCCAGCGGCCGCCGGCGCGGGAGGCCAUGGCGACGGCCACUCAGCAGAAGGAGAACACGCUGCUGCACCUCUUCGCCGGCGGGUGUGGGGGCACUGUGGGUGCUAUUUUCACCUGUCCUCUAGAAGUCAUUAAGACAAGGCUUCAGUCCUCAAAAUUAGCCCUCCGAACUGUCUACUACCCUCAAGUCCAACUAGGGACCAUCAGUGGAGCGGGAAUGGUCAGACCAACAUCUGUGACACCCGGACUUUUACAAGUUCUGAAGUCAAUCCUGGAGAAGGAGGGACCACGGUCACUCUUUCGUGGCUUGGGGCCAAAUUUGGUUGGAGUUGCACCAUCAAGGGCUGUCUACUUUGCAUGUUAUUCCAAAGCCAAGGAGCAAUUUAAUGGCAUUUUUGUGCCUAAUAGCAAUAUUGUGCACAUUUUCUCAGCUGGCUCUGCAGCCUUUAUCACAAAUUCCCUAAUGAACCCGAUAUGGAUGGUUAAAACCAGGAUGCAGUUGGAACGGAGAGUAAGGGGUUCAAAGCAGAUGAAUACGCUCCAAUGUGCACGCUAUGUUUACCAGACAGAAGGCAUUCGUGGAUUUUAUAGAGGUCUAACUGCCUCGUAUGCGGGAAUUUCCGAAACCAUAAUCUGUUUUGCCAUUUAUGAGAGUUUAAAGAAGUACCUGAAAAACGUCCAGUUGACUCCUGCAACAAAUGGGACCGAAAGAAAUCGAAACUCCACAAAUUUUUUUGGACUUAUGGCUGCUGCUGCUAUUUCCAAGGGAUGUGCCUCCUGCAUUGCUUAUCCACAUGAGGUCAUAAGGACACGACUGCGGGAGGAAGGCACUAAGUACAAGGCUUUCAUUCAGACAGCGCGCCUGGUGGCUCGUGAAGAAGGUUAUCUUGCCUUCUAUCGAGGACUCUUCGCCCAGCUCAUCAGGCAGAUACCAAACACUGCCAUCGUGUUGUCCACCUACGAGCUCAUCGUGUACCUGUUAGAAGAUCACGCUAAGUAACGGGACAGGGAGUGUACUCUAGAAAAACAAAAUGAAAACUCUGGCAGAGCAGUUUCUUCAUUGAUGAUUGGAACUUAAGAGACAGCUGCAGGAUCGGCCCUCCCGUCUGUGGCUUUUCUCACCUGCUGGACAUUUCCUUUUGGAUUCAUGCUUUCUGGAAGGUUUCAAUUCAUUAACGUUAAUAGUUAAUUAUCUUUUUUUAACUUAAAGACUAUUCAGAAUUAAGCAGCUACUAAAUUAAAUCAUGCUAUUUAAUUUAAGGUUAAACUUGUUCUGUGUCCUCUUUAUGUUCAUUGUACUGUCAUGUUAAUAAUAUUUAGUCAGGGAACUCGAGUACUUUCCUAAAAUGUGUCUCAGAGAUAUUCAUUAAAAUGGUAAGGCUAACGGAAAACUGACUUUUGCUCUUGACUAGAUAGAGCCAUGGGCUCCUGGUGUCAAAAGCAUCACUUUCCAGUCAUGGUGGGCCCCAACAGGCAUGAUGUUAUUUUUCUCCACAGUACUGUACAAAUGCUUCUAACUUCUGAGCACAAAAGGUGUAGCUUUCUGGUCGUAUAAUUCAGAGUAUACACAGACAUUCUUAGAAAUGGUUGUACUCUUCUGUCACCUCCAAUUAAAAAAAAUACGAAGCUUCCUGGCUGCUAGUCCCAUUUAAAGUCUCCUUAGACUCCCUCUGACCUCUCUCCACUCCCCCCAACCCUCCAUUCCCCCCCCCACCCCCAACACACACACAUACACACUAGUGACCCACUGGCUGUGAAGUAAAGUUUCAUUGAAAUAAAAUACCAUUAAGGCA